UGCCCCUUUCCCGCAACCGGGCAGAGCCCCCCGCGGCCGGCUGCUCCUCCGCGGGGCCGCGCUGCCCUCCGCCGCCCCUUGCACAGAAGCAGGGAGAGAAGGAAGGAAGGAAGGUGGAGGGGAGGGGGCCGCGGCCGCGCCGUCCGGAUGCGGUGACCCCCCCCCCAGGCUUCGCCUCCGGGGCCGCACCGACGCGGGAGGGACGAGCGAGGAGCGGCGGCGGCUCGCCGGCUGCCACCAUGGGCUGCUGCACGGGGCGCUGCACGCUCAUCUUCCUCUGCUCGCUGCAGCUGCUGGCAGCAUUAGAGAGACAGAUCUUUGACUUCCUUGGUUUCCAGUGGGCUCCUAUCCUUGGCAAUUUUCUACAAAUAAUAGUUGUCAUUUUGGGUUUGUUUGGAACCAUCCAGUUUAGGCCUCGAUAUAUAGUUGUGUACACGGUGUGGACUGCCCUGUGGGUCACCUGGAAUGUUUUCAUUAUCUGCUUCUAUUUGGAAGUAGGCGGACUUUCUAAGGAAACCGAUCUCAUGACCUUUAACAUCUCAAUGCACCGAUCUUGGUGGCGGGAGCACGGGCCUGGCUGCAUACGAAGGGUGGUGCGUCCUUCUGCUCCUGGUAUCCUAGAUGAUUACUCCUACGUCUCUGUGACAGGCUGCGUAAUUGAUUUCCAGUACCUAGAGGUUAUUCACAGUGCUAUCCAAAUACUCCUCUCCCUGAUUGGAUUUGUGUAUGCCUGUUACGUGAUCAGUAUUUUCAUGGAGGAAGAGGACAGCUUUGAUUUCAUAGGCGGACUUGACACAUACUCCUACCGACAGCCCCCCCAGGAGCAUGUUGAGUUAAAGCCUGUAAAGCCUGUAGGUCGAAGUAAGUAAUGAGCAUUGACUCAAGACUUCUGCUGUUGUAGCUGAAGAAACAGAUUUUAGAAGAAAAGACCAACCUUGUGACUCAUCCUUCUGGAAGAAACCCACCAUCCGUUUCUCACGGCAUGUGGAUUGUUCUUCCCACAGGCUCAGUGUCAUUAUCAGCAUUGUUAUUUGGUAGAUCCUUGUAGAUUAUCUGGAAUUUUUGAAUGAUUUCCUUAUAUGGACACUUGUAAAUUGUAAAUUUUUUAUUUUUUAAUUUUAAUAUUUUUACAACAUUUAGUGUUGAGGCAUGAAAACAAAACCUGUGAAAACUAUGGGAAGGAUGCAUCUUUCUCAAAGAAGACAGUAUUUUUUAUGUGACAGAAUCAUACUGUGCCUGGUCAAGAUUGUGUCAGUAAACAGUGAUUUUGACUCCAAAACAUACAGCACGAGUCAAACCCUAACAGUGUAAAAGAGAUCAUUUCAAUGCUGUGUUAAAAAUCCACAAUGUCCACUCCUUGUAUUUUCUUAACUGCUGUAUGCAGUAGGAAUUGAUCUAUGACUCUUCUUAGCCAGAUGUUCCAGCACUAAUGUACUCAUCUCAUUAUUGCAAUUCAUAUAUGGCUCCUUCUCCUUCCCUAAUCUCUUUUGCCCUGAGCCCAUCAACAAUAGUGUCUCUGAUUUGAGAGGUAGAAUGACCACUCUAUGGAUGUCAGUCUCUAGGAACCUUUAAAUCCAGGGCUCUUUAGGUGUCUGUGUUUUGCACAUUUUUAAACUCUUUUCCUCCCUUCUCCCAGGAAGAAGCCAAGCAUAAAUGUACAGUAUAAGGCACCAACUGCAGCCUUAGAAGCCUCUGGGGACUAACUUUUCUUUUAAUUUAAAAGUAAACAACCAAACCUGAAAAUGUGUAUAAAAAUUUGUAAAGUUAUUUGUAAAUACUUCUAGACAAAGAACAUGUAUGUAACUCUGUGGUAUUUUGUUUUCUAUUCUGUCACCACUAGCAUAAAGUGAUACACAAAAGCUACUUUCUUUGGGCAACUGGUAGUUCUUUUUACCAGAACUUUGUGUUUCUCUGUUCUUAAUUGCUAUUUAAAAUAGUGUGCACAGUUGUAUACACCAGAGAGUUAUGUCUCUUCACAGAGCCUCUGUGCCUCAGCAUCAGCAUAAAUUCAUCAGGGUUUGGGGGCAUUUGCGCUUUCUCAUUUUGUGGUUUCUUUGGUGGGAUUGUCAGGAAGGGCAUUCCUUUCAGUAUGUUUAUCUUCACCUCUCAAACAGAAGCUGAAUUAAGGGCCUUCGUAAAUGUCCUAAGUAGUAUUCGGCUGGUAAUUUCUGGUCCAACAGCAUUCAGAUUCUCAGUUUCCAGUCUUCUCUUGAAGGAUGCAUCCCCUGUCUUUUCCAGUCUGAGCAGAUGUGAAGUAGAUGAAGGCUUGUCUUCAUUCUUUCCCUUAUAAAGUCUAUUUGUGUUAUUUGUUGAUAUGAACAUAAUGAGGAUGUUAAUAAAUAUAAUAGAGGUAGAGUCUAUUGUUUCUAGGUGACAAUGCUCUAGAGGUGCAUGCACCUGUUUCCCAGUUAGCUGCACCAAAGACCUCAUCAUCUUUGGAGAAAAUAUCAUCUGAACACAGGUUAACCUUCCCUGAAAUCAAGUAUGAAUUAAGUGUUAAGACAAAGUCAACAGAAAUGACAACUGAAUAAAACUCUUUCUUAGUAUUCCUAGGGUUGGAUAUACCUCAAACAGUAUGUGUUUGUGUGUAAAAUCAGACUGUGCCAAAACCAGGAAUGUACAUGAGUAUAAUGUCCUCUUGUACUUAUACCUUCCCUCAUACACGAUGUUCUCUGCAAAUUACAUGGUUUGCUCAAUCUUGAAUACUUCAUCUUAGCACUCAAAGAAAUAGGUAUUUGUGACAAAACUAAUAUAAAUUAUAUCAUUUUUGAGGCAUUAUGAAGAAGAUAACAGGGAGAAUUGCUUUAGAGUUGUAAUAUUUUAAUAAGGCAAAACCAGUUUUAUCUACUUGAGUAAUACUUUACUUCUGCUUAGCACAAAAGAUUAUUUCGUUUCUUUCUAUGAUGCCUUAAACAGUGACAAUGUCUAUCCAGCCAGUGCCUGCAGCCUUCUGUGUUUGAAAUGGCUCCAGGAUUUCAGAGACUGGCAUAUCUGAGCACUGUUCAGAGCCCAAUGGUUUUCAGCAGCUUCCGUGUUUUACCUCUCUCAAUUUCAGAGAGUCCAUGAUGUGGGCAUCUAGCACAGAUUCCUAUGAUCAAGGCAGUUCCCAUUUCGGUUUUACAUUUCAACACUAAUUUCAUGGCAUUAAUUACUAUGGGCUGGCAGAUUAAAGGCUUCCAGCUGAACACAGUGCCACUCUCAGGACCAAAGGGAGGAAAGGGAAGGAGCACUACAUCCCAGUCAGUUGCAGUUUCUCCUCCAGAAGAUAAUAUUCUCUGUUCUGGCAGAGUUUUGGAAACAUAUAUUAAUUUUCAACCAAGACAGAAACAUCUGCUGGACCGUAUUUUACAAAUUUGACUGAAUGUACCUCUUCUAUGCCUUUCUGUGGAACCUUCAGAUUUUCAGCUUUCUAAUGAAGAACUGUGGGCGUGCCACAAAAAUUCUGCAAAGACAGAACUGACUGCUCUUCCAUCUGAGAUACUGAUCACUUUUUAGCUGGGGAACAUAAACUACUACAUUCCAAGUAAGCUUAAAAUCUUGGAAUCGUUACCAAUACAGCAAGUCUGCCAUCUGUCUCAUGUAAUGAACAGAACAAACCUGAUUGAGAGGAAUUUGUCUUCAUUAGAACAAACUAAAAUGCACACUGCAAUGCUGAGGAAAACUGUCAUUCUUUUCUAAAUUAAGACACAAAAUAGUACCAAGUAAUCUGUACAUGUUGGAAAAAAAAUAUUAAGAAUAAUAAAUGGACUUGAAUG